AUGGCUAACGUUGUCUUGGGAGCCCAAUGGGGUGACGAAGGCAAGGGAAAGCUUGUCGAUCUUCUCUGUGACGACAUUGACGUCUGCGCCCGCUGCCAAGGUGGCAACAAUGCUGGUCACACCAUUGUCGUCGACGGCAAGACCUUUGAUUUCCAUAUGCUGCCUUCUGGCCUUAUCAACCCUAACUGUAUCAACAUUGUUGGCACUGGUGUCGUUGUUCACAUUCCUUCCUUUUUCCAGGAACUUGAAAAUAUUCAAAAAAAGGGCCUUGAUACUACCGGUAGACUUUUCCUUUCUUCCCGUGCUCAACUGGUUUUUGACUUUCAUCAGAUUGUUGAUGGCCUGAGAGAAGCUGAACUUUCUACAGCAAACAAGGCUAUUGGUACCACUAGAAAGGGUAUCGGCCCAGCUUACUCUACCAAGGCCUCCCGUUCCGGCCUCCGUGUUCAUCACCUUGUUUCUCAGGAAGAAGGUGCUUGGGAGGAAUUCGAGACCAAGUUCAGAAAACUUGUUGCUGGCCGUCAUAAACGUUAUGGCUUUUUUGAGUAUGACAUUGAUGCCGAGGUUGCCCGUUACAAGGAGUACGCCGAUAAGAUCCGCCCCUUUGUCGUCGACAAUGUUCCUUUCAUUAACAAGGCUUUUGAUGAAAAGAAGAAGGUCCUUGUUGAGGGUGCUAAUGCUCUCAUGCUUGAUCUUGAUUUUGGUACUUACCCUUAUGUUACCUCCUCCAACACUGCCAUUGGUGGUGUCUGCACUGGUUUGGGUAUUCCACCCCAUAAGAUUAAUGAGAUUUAUGGUGUUGUCAAGGCCUACACUACCCGUGUUGGUGCCGGUCCUUUCCCCACCGAGCAGCUUAACGAAAUUGGCGAGCAUCUUCAGAAUGUUGGCCACGAGUAUGGUGUCACCACUGGCCGCAAGCGCAGAUGCGGCUGGCUCGAUCUUGUUGUUCUCAAGUACUCAACCUUGAUUAAUGGUUACACUCAUCUCAACAUUACCAAGCUCGACAUUUUGGACGAUCUUUUGGAGAUUAAUGUUGCUGUUGCCUACAAGUACAAUGGUAAGGUCUUGGAGUCUAUGCCUGAGGACUUGAACAUUUUGGAAAAGGUCGAGGUUGUCUAUGAGACUUUCCCUGGCUGGAAGGCUCAUACUUCUAAGGCUCGCACUUUUGAUGAACUUCCCAAGGAAGCUCAGAGCUACCUUAAGUUUAUUGAGGACUUCAUUAAGGUUCCUAUUAGAUGGGUCGGUGUUGGCCCUGCCAGAGACCAAAUGAUUGUUGUUGAGUAA